AUGCCAGGCUCCUGGGGACUCCUGGCGGUGAGCGGCUGCUUUCUGGCUAUGGCUGCAUCGGCACAGGUAUUAUUAAUCAUUAUUACUACUAUUACUAUUUAUUAACUUCCCACACCUCCCGCCACACGAGGAUCACAGGGCGGUUCACAAUAUAAAAGCACAAAAAGACACACCAAACGAAAACAACCCCCCGCACCCGACACACCGCUUAAAAGCUUCAUUAGCCAAAGGUCUGGGUUUCCCAACUUUGCGCACUUUCCCCCAUUACUUGCUCAGUCUUGCCCGGCUGCGGGUGGGAAGAGAGGGAACCGACGGUUUGGGUAGUUCCACCUUCCAGAUCCAAGCGAGCUUUGCCGAAUUGAGCGUUUGCAACUUCCAGCGGGGUCGGGCAUUCACUGCAAGCGAAUCCUCAAGUUGAGCCACGCGCAAAGCCAACCUUUGCAUUGGAACAGCGCAGGAUUCGAUCCCGUCCAAGGAUGGGGCUAUAAGAAAACGCGAUAGGAACUUGCUUAGACCCCCUAGCAUUAGUUUCAUAGAAAAUACAUCUCUCGAUGUUUUGCUGUGCGGUUGAAUCCUUAAACGGGUCUCGGAAUCCUUCCAAAUCAGUAUUCUGGUUGAAAGUUUGUGGGUUAUUUGAAACGCCUCCAGGAGGCGCUCACAGCUAUGUUAGUUUUCAUUACACGGAUUUUCAGCCAAGGAAUGGGGGACCGAAAAAACCCUUUCAGGCAGCAAAAUUUGUAAACUGAUGCUGUUGGUAAAUAGGAUUCUGCGAGUUUGAGCGAGAUUCCCUGGAAAUCCUCAUUUCUGUUGCAUCGGUGGCUUGUCCCGUUUUAGCCAGAUGUUCUCGGUUGCUGCUGUCAGUCCUUCUCCUCCUCCUCCUCUGAGCCAAGAGUGAUUCAGCUCCGGGUUCUGUCGGAAAGGGAGCUUGACUUGCUGUUUUGCUGGAAUGCUGGCUGGUAUUUUGUGCUACACUUUGCCAUCUGGUUUUUUUUUUAACCAUUAAGUGUAAAUCAGUCUUUUCUAGAGGAUUACAUGUUUUUUUUCUUUAAAAAGCAUUUAAAGAACCAUGCAAGAUUUAAGAUAUUCUUGGCUGCUGUUCAUGUAAGCAGCUCUAUACUGUACUGAGGCUGGAUUAGAAUUUGGCCCUUUCUGUCCCACCUGUAGCUUGUCUGGCACUGAAUUGGAUUGUUGGCUUUGAGGCCAGAUUGAAGGCAAGAUGUCUCCAUCUCAGACUCCCGUAGGAGCCUGGAUGUUGUGGACUACUCACAUGAAACAAAUUUUGAUGUGUUUUGAAGGCACUGCUUGAAAUUAUGAUACCUGAAAAAGUGAAUGUGGGGCAGGCAUCUUUUAAUAAGCGUGUUAAGAAAACAGCUUGUAACCUACAAACGCAGGAAUAUUCAUGGUUGCCAGUGAAAGUCUCCCCUGCCCCAUCCAAGGGCUGUUCCAAGUGUGUGAAAGAUAAAUCUCAUGCCCCAUUUGACACUUAGGGGUCCUGCCCAGUUACCAGCAUGAAUUGCUACCCCUUCCCAUAGGAGCCUUACUGAAAUUUGUCGAGGGGGGAGAGAGACCCAGAGUUGCAUUUAAUGCAGCCAUGGGGAACUUGUGUCCCUCCAGAUGUUGCUAAACUUGAAUUUCUGUCACCCUUAGCUAUUGAUGCUGCCGGCUGGGACUGGUGGGAACAAUGUCAGGAAGGCCACAGCAGAGGCCGAUUUAGGGGAGUGUGACUGGUUUGGUCGCACUGGGUGUGAAGUCUCUGGGGUGCCGCAACUAUUAUGUAGAAUGGAAGGCAAGAGGCAGGGAGGGGCACCAAAUUUUGGCUUCACACAGGGUGCUGCUGAAAUUGGAGGUCCACCGCUGGCCACUGAUCUGCAGUGUUAGAAAUUAGCCAGGCGCCUUGUGUGUUUUGCUGCUGGCGUGGGUCCAGGAAGUUUGGAUGAGCCCUUAGAAACAUCCAUUUGAAGCAGGAUAUAUCUAGAGUCUAAAUGACUAAAGAAAGGAGUCUAAAUGGAGUCCCCUCCACACCUCGUAGAACCACAGAAUUGUAGAGUCGGAAGGGACCACGAGGGUCAUCUAGCUCAACCCCAUUGGGGGGGUUCAGCAUACUGCACUCCUCCCCCCUCCACCUCCUAGUAUGCUGAUCCCAUUAGAAGCAGGCCAGAGUGAUACAUGAGGGGUCUAGACAAAGAGGGGCUCCUGGUCACCCCGGUGAGGAGUGGUGGUGCCUCCCUUUAGGGGAGCUGGGUGGCUGAGUUAGCAGCGUGCUUAACUGUAUCGCACAAGCUGGGAGGCGCCACUGAUUUAUCAUCAUGAGAGGCCACUCUGUACUCAUCCUGGUGGUUAUCUUCUCCUUCCAAGUUGCACGAAUACAGUAAAACUCACCGGCUGCACAUUCCAGAAGUAAAAGGUGUUUUACUCUUAUAGUGCUUACUCAGAAUCACUUAGCUGAUACAGUGGUACCUUGGGUUAAGUACUUAAUUCGUUCCGGAGGUCCGUUCUUAACCUGAAACUGUUCUUAACCUGAAGCACCACUUUAGCUAAUGGGGCCUCCCACUGCCGCCAUGCCGCCAGAGCACAAUUUCUGUUCUCACCCUGAAGCAAAGUUCUUAACGUGAAGCACUAUUUCUGGGUUAGCGGAGUCUGUAACCUGAAGCGUAUGUAACCCGAGGUACCACUGUAAAUGGGUGCUUCUUCCCCAUUAGUGAGUUGAUGCUUGAGGGGGAUGGAAAGUUCUAAUCUAGGUUAGUGAUGGAGCGUGAAACCAAGGUAGUUAUUUUAGAUUAAUUCACAUCAGACAAAGGCGACAUUUUUUUGUAUGCAGCUAACAACACCCAAACACUCCAGUCAGCUCCCCACCCCUUGAUAUUUUAUUAGCAGAGGCCCUGCAGUGACUGUGGCUGAACUCACAACCCCAUGCAUGUAAAUAUCUCUCUAUCUCUGUGGCAUUAUUUAAAUUGCUUUGUGACAGGUGCUAUAAAUCAAGAGAAUUUCAUAGGAACAUGAGUCUGUUCUGGGCCGUUUUUCCUCCUCUGCCUUAUCUUGCUGUCUGCAAGUAUUUAACAUAUGCCUUGGCAGCCUUUGCUUAAUACAGUAUUGAUUUUUGCCAGUGUUGGAGUCAGAGGACAGCUCUGUUGGCUUGGGCAGAUCUGCACUGCUAAUUGUGCUUUCCAACUAGCAGCUCCAGGCUGGCAAGCAGGAGGUCAAGCAGUUCGUUUUCCCUGGGACUUAAGAAACCAGGAAGCCUGACUCCAUUAAGAGACUUUCUCCAACAAAUAUUUUAGAAGCAUUGUUUAUAUUAAGAGGGCCCCUGCAGAGUUUGUGGGCAGUCCAACCAUGACCUGUAAAUUCAGGAAGGGAAACAGUUGCCCAAACCUUUCAAUAAUUACAAUCUGGCAGUCGGCUGACUCAUCCAUCCCCAAUGAGGAUGAAGCCUAAAUCUAGAAUAGAAAGCUGGGGGGGGGGGGGAUGAUGUGAAAACAUGAUCUCACGGGCAGUUUGGGAGGAAGGUGUUGUGUUUUCUGCUUGCUGUCAGAAGAAAACUGCCCUUUCCAUAAUGAGAUUGAUAAUGGUAUAUUGCCUGUGAAAGUCUCCAAAGGCUAAGCUGUCCAUACCAAAAUGAAAGGCUGGUGGGAAUGCCCUUUUUACAUUCAAAAGCGUCUUCCAUCUCCUACUAGUGUACUAGAGAGCCAGUGUGGUGUAGUGGUUAAGAGCGGUGGACUCGUAAUCUGGUGAACCGGGUUCGCUUCCCCGCUCCUCCACAUGCAGCUGCUGGGUGACCUUGGGCCAGUCACACUUCUCUGAAGUCCCUCAGCCCCACUCACCUCACAGAGUUUUUGUUGUGGGGGAGGAAGGGAAAGGAGAAUGUUAGCCGCUUUGAGACUCCUUUGGGUAGUGAUAAAGUGGGAUAUCAAAUCCAAACUCUUCUUCUUCUACUAGGAUUAGCUCAAAAUAAACUGCAAUAAUAAUCUACCACUACCAGGUUUCUUCAAAGUGAAGGGUCUUCUCCCCACUGCUUCAGAAAGCUCAGAUCCAUCUUGCUGUCCUCAUUUAUUGCAGUAAGUGGAGGGUCAGGCAGGCAUCUCUGUUCAUUAUCCAAAACAAUAAGUCUUUUUUUCAAUAAGAAUCCUUCCGCUUCUUCCCAUUUAGCAAUAGUAACAUUUGUUGAGCAGUAGCUUAGCAGGGGGCUGGGGGGGGUCAUGGCCCUGGAUACCAAAUUCUGAGGGGCACAACCAGGUGCCCCCAUGCAUGCUCUGCCUUCCACGGGGAUCCCCACCCCUCCCUGGCGAAGGCGGCCGAGCAGCUCAGGCCCACGGUGAGUGGGCAUGGAUGGCGGGAAGUCAAAUCAAAGUGACCUCCCCGGGGCACAAAUCUGGGCAAUGUGUAUGGAGGUCCUGGGCUGGCCAGAUGACAAGACACCCCCCCCCCCGGCCUCGCUGUGUCCCAAGUGGCAGAUUAGGGGGACAGUGUAGGGGCACACAGACCGGUAAGAGAGGGAGUUGUCACUGCAGGCCUUUGCCCACUGUAGCAAAAUGUGUAGAUCUGGCACUGCUUUGAUGUUGCAGAGCAGAAAGCACAUGGAGCAGAUUCUUAAGUAACUGGCUCUGCUGGAACAAGCUGAAAUGUCUGCCUCUUCAUAAGUUUGGGAACUGUUACUAGGAAACCUGAGGUGACACAAUCAAAGGCAGAUCAGGUUAUGUAAAGUCCUGGUGUCUUAACCAUGGCCAAAGCUCUGGGUAUUUAUUACUUUAAAAUGUGUCAAAUACUUCAGAAUGAAAGUGCAGCCACGAUGAAAUAUGAAAGCUUUGGUUGUUUACCUUCUUUUCUCUCCUAAAAGAAGAUCCUUCUUCACCAACCUUAUUUCUGCCUGGUUUUGUGUUUGACAGGACGAUUUCGAUGACACCGUUACGAUGGAGGACCAGAUUUAUCGUCUCCUGGAGGCCAAACUUCAAUGCGAACUAAAUAUCACGUCUCUGCAACAGGAAGAAGGAGGUGGCGUUUCUAAAUAACUUGUUUUCUUUUCCCGUCCCGUUCCAGACAGCAUUUCUAUUUUUUUUUUUUAAUAAAUGAUAUUUAUUAAAGUUUCAAAAAAUACAGGAAAAUACAGAAUACAGUAAAAAAUUACAUAAAGUAUAUUAAUAUAUAAUCCAAAAAGGAAAAUAAACACACAAAAACCAAAAGCAAAUAAAACAGAAUAAACAGAACAGUUAAAAACAAUAUCACUUUUCCAUUUCCGUAUCUUAAAUUAUACUUAUUUUCUGGACUUCCUCAUACCUCCCUCUUUUGUAUUCCAGUCCAAAUUGUUUGUCCAGCAAUUUCUUUUCCACUUUUUUAAUCCCAGUCUUUAAUCUUAAUAUAAUAUAACAUCAAAAUUUUACCUCUUUAGUUCCAAAUUUCCAUUUCCUUAAACUUCUUUAAUCCUAAUCUUUAAUCUUGAUCUAUCUAUAACUUUAUCCUGUACAGCUGGAAACCACUUAUUUUCAAUCCAACAUCACUCUAACAUUCAUUAAUUUUGCAGUGUUUCUGUAGAUAAUCUUUGAAUUUCUUCCAAUCUUCCUCCACCGACUCUUCUCCCUGGUCACGGAUUCUACCAGUCAUUUCCGCCAGUUCCAUAUAGUCCAUCAGUUUCACUUGCCAUUCCUCCAGCGUGGGAAGUUCUUGUGUCUUCCAAUACUUUGCAAUGAGUAUUCUUGCUGCUGUUGUUGCAUACAUAAAGAAAGUUCUAUCCUUUUUUAACACCAUUUGGCCGACUAUGCCCAGGAGAAAGGCCUCUGGUUUCUUAGGGAAGGUAUAUUUAAAUACCUUUUUUAAUUCAUUAUAUAUCAUUUCCCAGAAAGCCUGAAUCUUUGGGCACGUCCACCAAAGGUGAAAAAAUGUACCUUCAGUUUCUUUGCAUUUCCAACAUUUAUUAUCGGGCAAGUGAUAGAUUUUUGCAAGCUUGACUGGGGUUAUGUACCACCUGUAUAUCAUUUUCAUAAUAUUCUCUCUUAAGGCAUUACAUGCCGUAAAUUUCAUACCUGUGGUCCACAACUGUUCCCAGUCAGCAAACAUAAUAUUAUGUCCAACAUCUGCAUUUCUAAGGUCUUGUUCACAUUCUUGCUUACUCUGCAUCCAAUGUGCUCCCACUGCUAGUUUCCAAAGCCUCUUACACACCAUGUUAGCCACAACAUGCCUAUCGUUUCUUGACAAAAACUGCAGUUUGAGGUGCUUCCCCCCCAAAUCACCUUCAGUCCAAUCAAGAUCAAAAGAGAGUAAGACGACAUUCCCUUUUAUUUUAUUUUUAUUUUUAUAUUAUUUUAGAAAAUUUUAGCAUACAGUAUUACAGUGGUACCUCGGGUUAAGUACUUAAUUCAUUCCGGAGGUCCGUUCUUAACCUGAAACUGUUCUUAACCUGAAGCACCACUUUAGCUAAUGGGGCCUCCUGCUGCCGCCGUGCCGCCAGAGCACGAUUUCUGUUCUCAUCCUGAAGCAAAGUUCUUAACCUGAAGCACUAUUUCUGGGUUAGCAGAGUCUGUAACCUGAAGCAUCUGUAACCCGAGGUACCACUGUAUUUGCAUUAAUCCAUAACAAAUUCAAUAUCUUUAUAGGGUUUCUUCCGACCCUCGGACUUCCCCCCCACUCCUCUCCCCGGUUUCCAAUAAUUGUCUCUUCUCUUUUCUGUGACUAAAUACUUUUAUCCAAUCUAUUAAAUCUCCUUUUUCAAUACCCUUUAUCAGAAUAUAUUACAAGUGCUAAUCCAAUCCUGCUAACGUUUUAAAAUGUUUACAAUGCUCCUUCAUAUAUUCUAUAAAGUUAAUCCAUUCAUUUCUAAAUUUACUGUCCUCUUGGUGUCUAAUCUUCCCAGUCAAUUUCGCCAUUUUGGCAUAGUUCAUCAGUUUCUAUAUCCAUUCUUAUUUCGAUGUGGUUCUUUCUCCUUCCAUCCCUGGGCAUAUAACAUUCUUGCCGCUGUCGUCGCAUACAUAAAUAGGACCUGAGAGUAAGACUACAUUCCUAUGCAAACUGGGAGUGAACCCCAAUCAGAGUGUAGUUCUGUGUAGACACACACAGGACUGCACUGUGAAAUAAUAAUAAAUUCCAAACACCAAGAUAAAACUACAUUUUCAAAUUAAAAUAAAGGAAAUGGAAGACGAUAGUUAGCCAAAACAAGCUUUAAGAGCUUUUUCCCUCCCUAAAAGGAAGAAACUCUAAAGCAGAUUUAAGGUUGGUUGGGAAAAUACCAUUAUAGCUUCAACUACCAUUAGAGUGCAAGAAAUAAUGAUAACAGGAGGAGGAGGAGGAGGAGGAAGGUGUUCAGAGUAAGGCGGGCUGGGAGACAGGGACAGAAGAGAAACAGCAACUUCAUUGUGUAACAACUGGGCAAAGACUUGAUGAGGAGAAGCUAGAGGAAUAGAAGGAAGGAGCAUCAGCUUAACAGUUGGAAGAAAUGGAAAGAGUGAGAAUCAAUGGGGAUGGGGAAUAUUUGGCAGAAAAAACAGAGGGAAGCAUGAAGAGAGAGAGAGAGAGAGAGAGAGAGAGAGAGAGUCUGCAGAAUAUAUUUUUUUUCUUAUCUAUAUCUUGAAACUGUUUUAUAUUUCUCUUUGCUGAGGCUUUUGUUAAGAAAAUGCAUAACGGCAGUCAAUAUGUUCCAGGUCUCUGUUCACUAUCCUGAGGCAACGGUGUUGAUUCAGUCCACAGAAAAUGCAUAUCAACUUACUUAAUUCCAGGGGAAACAGCAAUUUUCUUGGGGGCAGUAUCAACCUAGAAGCAUUUGAGACCAUUCUUGGAAUUUGUGUUCACUCUGACUAAUUUAUUUGUUUGUUUGUUAAUUAUUUGAAUUGCUUUACCAUCCUUCAUCCAAGGAUCACAAGGAGGUUUACAAUAUAAAAACACAAAAAUACAUAACAUAGAAACACACAACAGCAACUCCCCCAGUUUAAAAGGCCAUUGAUUGUUUAAUUAGCCAAAGUGCUUUCGCCUGGUGCUGGAAAAUAUGCAAUGAAGAUGCCAGACAAGCCUCCCUGGAGAGAGCGUUCCACUAGUGGGGAGCCACCACAGAAAAGGCCCAUUCUUGUGUUGCUGCCUCAGAUGAUAAUUGCAGGAUCCAGGGACCAGUUGUUAAAUUGUCAUAUAACAAAAUAAGAUGACCCAAAGAUAUGUGCUGUUGUAACUGCCUGCAAUAUGAAAAGUUGUUUCUUUGCAAAUCUGAGCUGCUUGAAUGCUCACAUUGAUUCUGACACAAAUUGGCGAAUAUUUUUAGCUUCCGUUUAGGCAGAAAAUGCUCUGUUCUUGCCUCAUUUGGAGGGAAGUAAUUUUGAAAGCAUUAAAAAAAACCCCAGAGGAUCACACACUGUGCUCUUUCCUGCUUUUUCUCAUGUUCUUCAUUUGCAGCUUAUUUCUGCUUUCCCCCUACAGAAGGCAACUGCUUCCCAGAAUGGGAUGGUCUGGUCUGCUGGCCCAGGGGGUCUGUGGGGAAAACAUUAGCUGUCCCAUGCCCUCCUUAUAUAUAUGACUUCAAUCACAAAGGUACCAGCAACAUGUUUCACGUUGGAUUUUAUCUUACACAAAACCUAGCUGGGGAGAACCUUCUCAUGGGAGCGCCUCUUCUCUCUUCCAGGCAUGGCUUUCCGACACUGUAGCUCAAAUGGAACGUGGGUCUCUGUGCAAAGUUUGAACCGGACAUGGUCUAAUUAUUCAGAAUGCUUUGACUUCCUGCAAGCAGAAAACAGCCCAGGAAAGGUACAUGCUCUUUCACCAGCAAAGGAGCAGAGUUGAAAAGGUGCGGGUGCUUGAGGGUGUUUUAGUGCUGAGAGUGUUGGGGAACCUAACUGGCUUUUAUUACUCAUUAAUCCAUAAUUUUAAGGGACGUGGGUGACGCUGUGGGUUAAACCACAGAGCCUAGGGCUUGCCAAUCAGAAGGUCGGCGGUUCGAAUCCCCGCGACGGUGCGAGCUCCCGUUGCUUGGUCCCUGCUCCUGCCAACCUAGCAGUUCGAAAGCACGUCAAAGUGCAAGUAGAUAAAUAGGUACCGCUCCGGCGGGAAGGUAAACGGCGUUUCCAUGCGCUGCUCUGGUUCGCCAGAAGCGGCUCAGUCAUGCUGGCCACAUGACCCGGGAAAACUGUCUGUGGACAAAAGUGGGCUCCCUCGGCCAGUAAAGCAAAAUGAGCGCUGCAACCCCAGAGUUGUCCGCGACUGGACCUAACAGUCAGGGGUCCCUUUAAUCCAUAAAUUAGAGGGUAGGAAGAGCUCAGUCUAUUUUAGUCUUAAUUCUUGCAAUUAGAUUGCACUAUAAGGAGAGGGUGCAUACAUCUUGAUAACGAUUAAAUAUUGUAAACUGUGCCAGAAACUACCAUGAUUUGAGAAACGUCACCUUUCAGUCGUUCUCCAGGACAUGGCAAAUCUCCAACAUGACCGUGAGGGAGGGGGCACUCAGAAGAAAUGUUGGUCACCCCAAAACAAUGCAUAGAAAUAGUUUAGCAUGGCCGUACGGAUUGGAGCAUACCUUCCCAGAAUGGGUAACACAAUGGGGUUCCAGGUACAAUCCUGGCUUUACCUCCAUGCAGAAUAGGAUUGUGUUGGUCUGUAAAUGACAACAGUUGAGCUCCAGACUGGAUUCUCUUAAAGGACGUAUUUUAGAACUUCUCAAUUGUGCGCUGAAGGAGAAAAUCCUGGAACAUCUUCUGUUUCCUCCAGAGGGAAUUCUUUGAACGCCUCUAUGUCAUGUACACCGUUGGGUAUUCCAUCUCGUUCUGCUCUCUGGCUGUGGCGAUCUUCAUCAUGGGCUACUUCAGGUGAGUAAAUCACACCUCUAGAAUCUGUCCGUCCUCUCUUAAACCUUUUAGCCAGUCCUAAGACGACAUAAGGGACACGGGUGGCACUGUGGGUUAAACCACAGAGCCUAGGACUUGCCGAUCAGAAGGUUGGCAGUUCGAAUCCCUGUGAUGGAGUGAGCUCCCAUUGCUCGGUCCCUGCUCCUGCCACCCUAGCAGUUCAAAAGCACGUCAAAGUGCAAGUAGAUAAAUAGGUACCGCUCCGGCAGGAAGGUAAACGGCGUUUCCGUGUGCUGCUCUGGUUCACCAGAAGCAGCUUAGUCAUGCUGGCCACAUGACCACUGGCUCCCUCGGCCAAUAAAGCGAGAUGAGCGCUGCAACCCCAGAGUCGGUCAGGACUGGACCUAACGGUCAGGGGUCCCUUUACCUUUACUUUAAGAUGACAUAAUGUCUGCAAUUUCUACGAUGACUACCCCUCGCUUGCCACUCACAUUCUUUCCCUCACAAUGGCAAGUGGAUAAAUUUAAUUGCAGUAUAAAAUGGAGUGGCUUUCAUGGGCUAAACACCUGAAUCCAGUCAAUAUCAUUGGGGAAACUGAACAUUGUACACAAUUGUGAGUAACAAAGCCCAGGACUUUAUAUACGUAUUACAUUAAAAGCUGCCUCAGCAGGCUGAGAUUUAAGCCAAGAAAGGGCAUGGAGAAAAAUGAUUAAUUUUUUCCCUGCUGGCUGCAUCUAUAUUUGUGAUGGCAGAUACACAUCUAGAAUCCCAGUGGGGGAAAGAUGCUGGAGGACUUAAUUCUGAGCAGAAAAACAACCGGUGGGGAAAGGAUUAAGUAGUUCACACAGAGCUGCUUCUCUACUAAAAAUGUUAGCAUCCCAAGUUCUUUCUCAUUUUUUUUAAAACUCUUUGAGCCCCUUUUCACUCAUUUGCAUGCAAUGUUUAGUUUGCCUCUCUCUUUGUUAUGACACUUGAAGGGAACUGUCAGGGAACUGACAUCGGAGCGAGAGGCGAAGGGGAGGCUCCUAGAUGAUGCUGGUGAAGGACCCAGCAGCAGGGGGAGAAACAGCUCAGUAGAGGGGGAAGCAAAUCAGCGCAACACCAGGGAUAAAGGGGGGCAGAUGGGGGAAUCGGAGAGAGAGCUCCAGGACUCUUCACUGGACCUCAGUGAGGAGGGGACAGGUCCUCCGCUACCCACGCCCUCCCUGCGCAGAAGACUCCUGCGCAGUGAGAGGAGGAGGAGACUGGGUGUCAAACAACUUUUAUGUUGGAAGAGGUUCAAGAAACACCCACUGACGGAUUCUGCCAGCGACUGAGGCAGCCACCAUGAGAAAGGGCUGUGCAGUCAGAAAGGUUUAACAAGGCAAAUUAGCCUAGAGAGGCACCAGUUUACGCACGAGUAACUCAUACUCAUUACAGGAACAUAAUACACUGGAGCUAUGUUUAACAUGCAGCGACGCCUCCUUAAGGGCCUGCGCUUAUAUUACAACUGAAACCAUCCUAUCGCUGUCACGUUUUAGAAUGCUUACCUGCGCAAUUGGUAGACCAUUGUAACCUGCUGUUCAGGCAACAUGCCCACCUGAUAUCUGCCGCCAGUGAUGCUCUUGAAACAGCUGGAGGUUUCCUUUUCUGACGCGGUAAAUUCAAGAGCUUUUCAAGAGUCUGAUUCAGCAGGGCUCUUCCUGAGUUCUUAUGCUCCCUUUAAUUAGGUUUCCCCCCCUUGCACACAGGAGACUUCACUGCACCCGGAAUUAUAUACACCUGCAUCUGUUUGUCUCUUUCAUGCUCAGAGGUACCAGCAUAUUUAUAAAAGACAGAGUAGUUCAUGCUCAUAUCGGAGUCAAAGAGCUUGACUCGCUGCUCAUGGGUGACCUACAAAAUAUCAUAGCGGCUCCAGCCCCGGACAAGUCCCAGUACGUAAGUACUUCUCCCCUCCUCUUGCUAAAGUUCAUCCAUCGUUACCUAACAGAAUCACUGUUCAAUAUUCUCUCGCGCCCAAUCCGCAUCUGAGAAUACUAUCACGCAGCUGAAGCCAAAGUGACCCAGCAGGCAGAGACUGUGAGUGAAAUUCAGCGUAGUGCUUAGUGGAGCAUGCUCAGUGGGACCUUUCCCCUCUCCUUCCCCUGUGGACCCUCUAAACCUGUUCUGGGGACUAGCAAAAAUGUACAGAGUAAGUAAUAAAUUGUGUUGGAAAUGUCAAACAAAAGAUGGUGAAUUUUUUCACAUGUGGUGGACUUGUGAAAAAAUGAAAAAAUAUUGGGACAUGAUGUAUAACGAAAUGAAAAAACUAUUUAAAUACACUUUCCCAAAGAAACCAGAAGCAUUUUUGCUAGGGAUAACGGGAUGAAUUAAAAAAGGAAGAUUACAAACUAUUCAUGUACACAACGACUGCUGCUAGAAUUUUAGUGGCUCAGAAAUGGAAAUCCCAAGAAAUCCCAACUUUAAUGGAGUGGCAGACAAAAAUGUUUGAAUACAUAGAAUUGACAAAAUUGACUUAUAACAUUCAGAACAAAAAGAACGAAAAGAAAAGAAGUAAAGUUCGAAAAGGAUUGGAGUAAAUUUGUUGAAUAUACACGGAGUAAUUGUAAGAAUUUAAAAACUGUAGCAGGAUUAAUGUAAAUCUUGUGAUGUGGACGGAGUGUAAAUAAGAAACUGUAAGAAAAGAUUUGAGAUAUGAAAACCGUUGAAGGGAUGGAAGGAAGUCCGGGCGCAAUAAGGCGCAGGGUAAAUAAGAAGACAUACAAAUUUUGAAUGUAAGAGUAUUUGUUUUAUUUGUUGUUGUUACGAAAAAGCAAUAAAAAGUAUUUGGGGGGAAAAAUAAACCUGUUCUGGGGAUUCCUCCAACCUUCCAGAGCAUAUUUAGGGCACAGGGGGACCUCAUUCCGUUACAUGAGUGGAACUCAUCAUAUGCAUGCAACACCUUCGUUGAGUCUCGCCCCUUAUGGUUGGUAGCAGGAAGCCAUUAAUAUUUCCCAUGCAUCCAAAUCUACUGAUUUCAGUGAUGGUCCCUGAGCUUUCCUAGUUGCUCAAACUUCAGUGCUGGACUCCUGAAAGAGUUGCAUUUCAGCUGGUUCAGAAUGGGCCCAAGUCACCCCACAGGAGUCCACAGGAGUCAGCCAGUACGUGCUGAAAAAGUAAAUAUAUAUAAAUACAUUCCACACUUGGAUCCUGGGUUCCUUCGAGAUCCUGGGAUAGAAAUUCAGUAAAUAAUACUGAAAAGAAUACAGUUCAGUAAAGAAUACUGUCAUUUAAGCCAAUUUAUUUGCAGUGUUGCUUCCCAGCUUCAGCAGAACUGUGAAAAAAUAUCUUAGGAAUAAUUGUAUAGGUUUCAGUGUGACCAGUCAAUACCACGUAUUGCUACUACUACUACUGUUAUCCUUAAUUAAAUUUCACCCAAAGAUCACAGGGCAACACUGUGUAUAUUGUGUUUUACAAUACAUUGGUACCUCAGGUUACAGAUGCUUCAGGUUACAGACUCCUCUAACAUUACCUUGGGUUAAGAACUUUGCUUCAGGAUGAGAACAGAAAUCGUGUAGCGGUGGCGCAGCGGCAACAGGAGGCCCCAUUAGCUAAAGUGGUGCUUCAGGUUAAGAACAGUUUCAGGUUAAGAAUGGACCUCCAGAAUGAAUUAAGUUCUUAACCUGAGGUACCACUGUAUAAAAACACAAAAACACAUACCAUAAUAACAAACAAAAACCACCCCCACCCCAGUUUUAAAGGCCUACCACAAAUUACGCAGCUGAGUUUACCGCAUUUGGGUAAAUUGCAGAGAUCAGCAUACCUGUUUCAUCAAUGGAUGAGCCUCACCCUGGGAAAGCCAUCUUUGUGACUGCGGUAUCUCCCCUGCUACAUUUAUUUUAUGUUAGCACUAGAAGACAAGAAAGGCUGAUUCUGAUACCAGACUGUGAGGGGUCUACUUUAGCUGAUUGGAGCACAGAAUUGCAGACUAGGAACUAGGAAAUCGGACAAGUGGCCCACCUAGUGCCGUAUUUGUCUUCAAUGAUUGGCAGUGCUUCUCCAGGACUCCAGGUGAGGGUCUCUCCCAUCCCUAAUGCCGGAGAUGGAACCUGAGAUCUUCUGCAUGCAAAGUGGAUGUUCUACCUCUGAGCUAUGGCUCUUUCCUUGAAUACCGGAGUGAGCAGCAGUAUUGGUGAUAGAAUAGAUAGAGAAGUUCUGAUCCAUUGAGAGCAUUCAGGGUGGUCCCUCAAAGGUCUUCCACAUGAGCAAAUGUCCACAGGGAGUGUCUAGGAAGCAGCUUGACUAUUGGCCCAGCCCUUUCAGCUGACCACCACCAAUAUGCUGUGUGUAUAAAGACACAUACGGCAUGGACAGAAGCCCUUAAUGAGCUGCAGCUUCCUGAUGGGUCUGUCUGGGUCAUCAUCAUCAUCCUUUUUAUUCGACCGUCAGUCAGAAAAAAGUACAUUUUGUCAAUACACAGUUAAAAACAUCCAGGAAGAUGUUAAAACUUAGCCAACACUAAAAAGGGCUAAACAGGUAGCCCCAUAGGUCUGUCUGGGUAUGUGAGGAAUCACGCCUUCAAUUCACAGCUUUUGUGUCACUGCGCAAACACUGAUUGUGGCACUGGUGGGCAGCACAACGGCUGCAAAAGUGUCGAUCUGGUGGAAGAGACUGUUUUUAAGUAGCUGGCAAUAAUUGUGUAGCUUUUAAAGCACAUAACAGACUCCCGUUAUUUUCACAACCAUCACAUAUGACUCACAAUUUAAUACAGAAUUGAAACAAUUCUUUGUGUGGGGACGACAAAGAACAGUAAAACUUAGAACAAUGUUAGUUAACAUGAGUCAUAGCCUUGAUGCCAAAUUAAUAAGGCCACUGAAACUGGAAGACUAAUUGGCAGAAAUGACUGGCAGAAUCCGAGACCAGGGAGAAGAGUCGGUGGAAGAAGAUUGGAAGAAAUUUAAAGACUACUUACAGAAAUAUUGUAAAAUUAAUGAAUGUUAGAAUGAUGUUGGAUUGAAGUUAAGUGGUUUCUAGCUGUAAUGGUAUAAAAGAAUAUGGAAAAAUUGGUUUUCAAUACGUAAAAACUUAAUGUUAUAAUAUAUUAAGAUUAAAGAUCAGGAUUAAAAAGGAGGGAACGGAAUUGCUGGACUAACAAAUUGAAUUGCAAUACAAAAAAGGGAGGUAUGAGGAGGUCCGGGAAAUAAGUAAAUGUAAGAGAAGUGAUGAAAAGAUGGAAUUGUUUUUAACUGUUUUUUCUUUUUUUAUUGUUAUUUUUCUUAUCAAUGUAAUCUUUUUCUUUUGAAAUUUUAAUAAAUAUCAUUUAAAAAAAAAAGAAACUGGAAGACUUCCGGAGGUGGCGCCAACGGCAAUGGCGGAAUCCCUCUAAUUCGGAGGGAAACUGCUCCACAGAAAUCGGGUCUAACACCGCUUCGGCACAGCGGGGACCCUUUAAACCACAGGCGGGUGAAGCCUGUGACCCUGUGACUCGGCGGGCACUGUUUGCGCCCCCCCCCCCAAUCUGCAAAGGAACCCGGCAACGGGCACCGGAACAGAGCGGGGAAGUGGCGCUGUGCUGCGAGUCGUCUGCUUCUUUUGUGGAGUGAAGCCGCGUAGCUGUUGCCGGAGAGCGCUGCCUUUUUUCCUGGACAAUUCGGACUUUAAAACAAACACCCGUGAGUACUUAGAAUUUGAACAAAUUGGGACAGUAAAUGAAGAUUUGUGAAAAGGACAGAAUUGGACUAUAAAAAAGAAAAGAAAAAAAUCUGUUGAAUUUGGUACGGAGCGGGAAGGGCUAAACAGGAAGUCACCCUUCCGUUCUUUUGUAAAUAGAACAAAGCAAAGGCAAUUUACACUAGAGCUUUGAAAAUUGCUUUUAAAAGAGUGGAUUCCAACAUUUUAAACUGGGAAUAUUUUUUUUUGACUAUUUGAAGUAGUAAAAGGAAGUUAUUUUCGUCCUGAUCCUGGAGCGGGGAAGUCAGGACUGACGUGAAUUAAUCAAGAUAACUGUGUGUGACAGAUAGUUAAAAGAAGAGAAUCUUUGUGACUCUACUGUUCCCUUUCGCAUUUUAAAGGAAUAUAUAUGGAUAAAGUAUUUCAAGUAUCUUGGAAAUGUAGCAAAAACAAAUAUAAGUCUUCUCCCUAGGGGGAGCCUUUGAAACUGUAACUAAUGCCAAGAACUUGACAGUUGCUACAAAUAACCGUGGGAAAGCGCAACAAUGUUUUCAGAAGUUGUGGUGUGCCUGCUUAAUAAAACAAAUACUCUACUGGAAGAAUUAUAUGAUAAGGUGAACCAGAUGGCCAAUUCGACUGGAAAUCUUAGGCAGGCAGUGGAAGGUUUUGAUCAGACUGUGGGAAUAUAUGUGGAGUCUAUCCAGGACUCAAACCAGGAGUGUGUUUUGACAGAACAGGGGUUUGUGGCAUUAAAUCAGGAGUGUGGCUUGACAGAACAGUCUCAACAGGAGUUUGAUCCUUCGGAUUUGACAAAGGAACUUGGAAAAAAACCAGAUCUGGGAAGGGAAAGUUCGGUGUGGUUUGGAAAUGGGGGGCUGGAUUGACCCCCCUAUGUCGGGAUAUCUGGACUUUUUAAAUACAGUAACAGGCUGCGACAUGUUUGGAAUUGUGGGGGCCCACAAUUUCGGAGGGCCCUUGAAGCAUGCUCUUAAAUACUACAUGGAAUGCAGCGAUGAAUAUGGGAAAGGGUCUGAUUUGAUGAGAAGGGCUGAAAACACUAUUAAGUUGGAGUUACUACGAGCAAGUGACUACAGCCACAAAUAUGAAGAAAAGCCGUGGAAGGGCCAUGGAAGUGACCUGAGGGCCUCGGACAUAAGGUCACCGGGUUAGAUUGAGGAAUAAGGACUGACAAAUCCCGGAACCAGGAGGAAGGGACGUUGGAUAAAGAUUGGACUUGUUUAUAUGCUUUUUUCUCUUUUUUCUUUUUUUAACUAAUAGAAUGUUUUAUAAAGUUGAUGAAUGAUAGAAUGAUAGAAAAAUGAAUGAUAGAAAAAUGUUGGAAGAAAUUACCUGGCUUUAGUAAAGAUGCAUAAAGAAUUAUGAAAGAACAUUAUGAACACAAGAAGCUGGUAAAGUUAAGACUCAAAUUUUAAAUUUUAAGGUUUAUUUUAUUAUAGAAAGAUAGGAUUAAAUUAGUUGAGAAUCUCUCUUAUGUUUUAUUUUCUUUUUGAAACAUGGAAAGGAAAGGAUUUUCUGGGAUAAUUAACAACUAGAAUACAAAGGAAGGGAGGAGGAGGAGGUCUAAGAAAGAAGGUAAUGACAGUUAAGGAUCUGAAAAUAAUGAAUUUGUUCUGUUUUUUCUUUUUUAUUAUUAUUUUUCUUCUGUAUCUUCUACUUUCUCAUAUUUUUAUUUUUAUUUUUGUAUUUUUUUUGUGUAAGCUUUUGUAUUUUCUACUUUUUGUUUUUGUGUAAGUUUUGUAUUUUUUGAAAUCUCAAUAAAUAUCAUUAAAAAAAAGAAAAAAAGAAAAGAUGGAAUUGUUUUUAACUGUUUUUUCUUUUUUUAUUGUUAUUUUUCUUAUCAAUGUAAUCUUUUUCUUUUGAAAUUUUAAUAAAUAUCAUUUAAAAAAAAAAGAAACUGGAAGACUAGGAUAAAUAUGCAAGUAUACUACUACAUUUAACUGUUUCCCUGACCACCACAACUGUGCUGCUUUAUUUUGAACCGAUUGACAGGUCUGGUGCAAGAUUACUGUGGUGAUGUUUAUUUACUUCUUGACGACCAACUACUACUGGAUCUUGGUUGAAGGCCUCUAUCUGCACAGCUUAAUAUUUGUGGCUUUCUUUUCGGAUACCCAGUACCUUUGGGGUUUCAUCUUAACAGGCUGGGGUAAGAUACAUUUGUCUCUCAUUGAAAUCUUUCCAUUUAAAGCUAGAUUAGUGCUGUCCAUUCUAACAUUAACUCUUGGGCAAUGCUUUUCUAUUUUUUAUUUUAAAUUCUUUUUGCAAACCACAAAAUCAGAAGGGGGUGGUUUACGUAUUUUCUCAGUUUUGUGAGUUAGGUCCAAACUGACAGUGCGAUGCUGAGGAUGCUUACUGAAGAAGAAGCCCCACUGUGUUUUGCAGAACAUUUUCCCAGGUAAGCGUGCAAGGAUUGCAGCCAAAAUAAGUUUCGGGUAGGUCCUAGUAAAAUUGGUAUGGGUGAUACCCAGCUUAUCGGUUUUGCUACUGCGAGGAUAGCCAUCUGUCAUGGAUGCUUUAGCUGAGAUUCCUGCAUUGCAGGGGGGUGGACUGGAUGACUCCCGGGGUCCCUUCCAGCUCUACAAUUCUAUGAUUCUAAGGAGUUCUAGUUGUGCACUGGAACUCCCUACCUCUCUGUUGGGAUGCACCCAAGGGGACGGGGGCAAUUGGCAGGCCCCCAGCUGGCUCCAGCCCACUGGCCAGCAUCCGGGCGAACUCUGGUCCUUGGAUCAGCACGUAACUGCGACCUGAGCUUCAGAAGCCAUCAGAAGCUGGGCAGCCAAGCCAGCAGAGAUAAGAACUCUUUGCAACGGAAGGGCAGAGAGAGGCUGUAUAAAGCGUAUUUACAGGCAUUUUAUUCAGCAACAGGACAAAGAAAAACAUGUCUGCUCUCCUUUGUGUCCAAGCAAAAGGGCAAAAGCUAUACACACAAACGGAAGUUCCCAGCAAGCUGUGCUGUGCUGGAGUGUAAACAGGCAUGUGACACACAACAGUCAUGCCUGUUCCUCUUAAGGUGGAACGGAAUAUUCUAACACUCUCCUCUCCCUGCACACACCCUAAAUUUGUUCUGGGGGAGUUCCCUCAACCCUCCAGAGCAGAUUUACAGGACGUGCAGGAUUGAUGGUGCUGUGACUUAAGUCACAAUGAUUUCAACAGGACUUAAGUGGAACGAACAUGCAGUGCAAUUGUAUGCACGCUUACUCAGAAGUUCAAUAGGAUUUUUUUUGUUGUUUAGUCGUGUCUGACUCUUCGUGACCCCAUGGACCAGAGCUCACCAGGCACUCCUGUCUUCCACUGCCUCCCGCAGUUUGGUCAAACUCAUGCUGGUAGCUUCAAGAACACUGUCCAACCAUCUUGUCCUCUGUCGUCCCCUUCUCCUUGUGCCCUCCAACUUUCCCAACAUCAGGGUCUUUUCCAAGGAGUCUUCUCUUCUCAUGAGGUGGCCAAAGUAUUGGAGCUUCAGCUGUACUUCCAGUGAGCACUCAGGGCUGAUUUCCUUCAGAAUGGAUAGGUUUGUUCUUCUUGCAGUCCAUGGGACUCUCAAGAGUCUCCUCCAGCACCAUAAUUCAAAAGCAUCAAUUCUUCGGCGAUCAGCCUUCUUUAUGGUCCAGCUUCCAUACAUCACUACUGGGAAAACCAUAGAUUUUACUAUACGGACCUUUGUUGGCAAGGUGAUGUCUCUACUUUUUAAGAUGCUGUCUAGGUUUGUCAUUGUUUUUCUCCCAAGAAGCAGGCAUCUUUUAAUUUCGUGACUGCUGUCACCAUCUGCAGUGAUCAUGGAGCCCAAGAAGGUAAAAUCUCUCACUGCAAUAGGAUUUACUUCCAUGUAAUUAGGAUUGCAGCCUUAGCCUAGAUACAAAUUUAUUUCAUGAAUAUUUCACAAAAGAAUGUCUCCCAAAUGCUAAAACUUCUAAUCAGAUAAUCAUUGUACUUAAAAAAUAGUGAAUAGGAGCAAAAUGUUAACAAUAUUUAUUAUUCCAACGUAACACAAACUUUAGUGAGAAAUCUUUGAUCUUUUGCACCGCCUUGCAGUCUCAGAGUCGUAUAUAAUUUGUCAUUUUUGCUACAAUGGCAAUGCCCAAAUCUUUUUUAAAAAAUCAACCCAAAAAAUCAUCAGACGGGAGACUUUAUAAUGUAUAUCAGGAUCCAAAUCUGAUUUGUGGCAAAUCGCCCAUCGUCCAGCAACUCCCUCUUCCUCAUCUCCUGUCCAGGACGGCCCACAGCCUUGCAGAAAGGCUUUAGGGACACAAGUGUCUGAAGGGAAGAAAAGAAACAUCCCUUCCCUCUGUGAACUUCCUUGAGUUAACUGUCUUAGGAUUCAAGCCCACCUCUGCUGCCGCAACCCUCUGGUCUCUCAUUGUGGUGUAAAAUCCCUUUUGUGGACUUGCCACUGAAGACAAGAGGAUCACAGAAUGGCAUGCUGCUUCGCAGAAAAGCACCUAGAGAAGCCUGCCAUGUCUAGGAGAACCCUAGACCUUUUCUUCCUUACGUUUAGUUCAGGACCAUUCCGUCAUGUGAGACCUCGGGCGCUGCCUGAAAUGGUUCAGUCCAGACACAGCUUUACCACCAUCAAGUGAAAAUGAGGAGUCUGUUGGUCUGUAGUUUGCUAGCAGCAUCCGUGUCUCAUAAAGGAUUGUUUGGCCUCUGUCUGCCUUGUUCUCUGUUCUAUCCAUGCCUCCGCGCAUGUCGCAGUUCUCGCUUGUGCUUGAAGAGCUGUCUAGCUAAUGAGACACUUGAGGCAGGAGGCAACCCACUCCCUGUCUCUGCUGUGUCAGUGCUGCUGGGUGCAGGCUUGAUGUGAGGGAAGUUUCUGUGCACAACUUAGACCCCGAGUGAUUUACGUUAACAAGCUCCCAUCAGAACUAAGGCUGCUAUAUUUUGUCAAGAUGCAAGGCUAGGAGUUUCAAAAAAUGAUGUGAAGCAGGGACCGUGACUAACUGUAAGUUUUAAUUCCUUUGAAAGCGAAAUGCCAAAUUCACCUGGUUCUUUCACUGUUUGGGGAGGUGAGGUACACAUAAUAAUGUGAAACUGGCUUACACUGAAUCAGACCGAAUCAAAAUAGUGUUUGAAUCUAGCAGGAUAGAGGUUUAUUUGAUCAUCACAUUCCUUGCUUCUGACUAUUGCCUCUGCUUAAUACUUCUGAGAGACUCUGAAGCACUAACAUAACCUGCAAGUUCCUGUUCGACCAGAAACAACAGAUUAAUUUCAAUUUGCCUGGAGGCAGAUUUCAUUAAAGACAAAUUUUAAACGCAUUUUCCCCUUAAGCUUGGAGCUAUUAAAGCCACAAAGUUCUGAUUCAAGAGCUAAAUGAUGGCCGCUUUUUUACUCUCAAGCUCUCUUUUAAGUCAAUUUAAUGUUGGCAGAAGAUCUUUUAAAAUAAACACUAUUAUUAUAUUAUUCUAGGCUGGUUAUAAAUACCUUACUAGGAAAUAUGUUCUAUUGAAAUAAAUUGAACUUAUUUCCAAGUAGACUACUAGGAUCAAACCAUGCACCAAACAAUGUCCACUAGAACUCAUCUAGAUCAAGGGAAGUAAUAGUGCCACUGUAUUCUGCUCUGGUCAGACCUCACCUGGAGUACUGUGUCCAGUUCUGGGCACCACAGUUCAAGAAGGACACUGACAAACUGGAACGUGUCCAGAGGAGGGCAACCAAAAUGGUCAAAGGCCUGGAAACGAUGCCUUAUGCAGAACGGCUAAGGGAGCUGGGCAUGUUUAGCCUGGAGAAGAGGAGGUUAAGGGGUGAUAUGAUAGCCAUGUUCAAAUAUAUAAAAGGAUGUCACAUAGAGGAGGGAGAAAGGUUGUUUUCUGCUGCUCCAGAGAAGCGGACAUGGAGCAAUGGAUCCAAACUACAAGAAAGAAGAUUCCACCUAAACAUUAGGAAGAACUUCCUGACAGUAAGAGCUGUUUGACAGUGGAAUUUGCUGCCAAGGAGUGUGGUGGAGUCUCCUUCUUUGGAGGUCUUUAAGCAGAGGCUUGACAACCAUAUGUCAGGAGUGCUCUGAUGGUGUUUCCUGCUUGGCAGGGGGUUGGACUCGAUGGCCCUUGUGGUCUCUUCCAACUCUAUGAUUCUAUGAUUCUAGGUAUAUUUCAUGUGCUUGCAAAAUCUCAUUGCUAGAGUUUAAUUUGAAGGAGCUCUGUUGUUGGGGGAGUUUCAAUAUUAGCUAAUGGAAUUAUAUAAUAAUAAAAUCCUAAUAUAAUAACACUCUUACAGAUGCCAACAACAGCUAAAAUAUGUAGAAAAUAAUUGCUGAGGUGUGUGGGUCCCAAAAUAAAUAAGCUUUGGACAAACUCACAUUUAUUUUGGGAAUGUUUGAAGAUAAAAUAAUAUUGGAAAACCGUUCUGUGGUAUAUUCAUCAAAUUACAGGUUAUGAAAUUGUUCUGAAUUCGGUAGGUGUGUUAUUAAAUCAUCAAGUGCUAAGCGACACUGAUUUGGAAGAAGCGAUAAAUUUAUUCAGUAGGCACUAAGGUGACAAUUGCUCAUUAUUGGGGAAAAAACCUCUUCCUCCUUCAGUGCCAGAGUGGUUAUAUACAGUAGCUAUAAUGAUGUGCAGGUACAUAUCUUAUCUGUUCAGAGAGGAGAUACCAUGCAAAACAGCAUUAUUCAGAAAUGGACCACGUUCUUUCAACCAAGUGCUCAAAAAGUGGAAAGAGAAGUACAAGGGGUCUGUUUCAAAGUAGGACAUGGUUAUAUCCCUUAAGUUUAGAGUUACCUGAAAAGGUGAGUUCUUCAAGCACUGCAAUAAACAUGAUGAUGAUGAAGAUGAUCAUGUUAGGUCACAUGCCUUCUUCUCCUUUUUUGAUAGCAUUAUAACUCUUAAAGUAAUGUAUGGGUUUUUAUUGCCAUAUUUCUUGGAUAUGGUUGUUUUUUUUUGGUUUUGGUUUUUUUACAAUCCAUUUGAUAUAAACACUUUUCUUGUAUUUUUAUGUUUUGUAAAUAAAACAUAGGCUUCCCCUACCCAAACCUCUGUAUGAAACCUCAAUAGCCGUCUCACAGUUCAUUAAUUCUUAGCAUCACAUAAUCCGGAAUUUUUUGUUACUCCAAAGUGCAUUGAUCAGAAUACCCAAAAUAUCUUAAGUGGGAUGUAUAAGGCCAAAACUGAUUUUAUAGAUCUAAUUCAGAUAGUAUAAACUAGUGUACUUUAAUCCGAAUCGUUCAUCUGCACUAGAGCAGAUGUCAGGAAGCUGGCUUCUUUAAAUAAACCCUAGUUAAAACUGACCAUAGUUUAGGGUUUGCAUGAUGAUAUAAACUGGUUACCGGUCAUUGAAAUGUGAACUUAGUGGAGGAGGAGAUGGGAUGGGAAGCAGGUGAGCUUCAGGCUAGCUGCAAUUUGUCAUCAGCAGAAAUUGAAGGUUUUCUUGCUUGCUGUGGAUCGUGACCUUUCAGACAUUCUGCUUUGUUCAUGGGGAAAGGGCACUGUCUGGGUUUUUUUGUGCCUGCUCUUUCUAAACGCUUCAGUUAAUAUCCUCUGAGUGAGCAGAAAAGCAUUAUAAAUUAUUCUUUUGUUCCUCAAGGGAAAUCUGUUCUAACAGCUGGCAAUGAAUUUUUCAUAUUUGUAGGGUUUCCGGCUGUUUUUGUGGUGGCCUGGGGAGUGGUCCGAGCAACCGUGGCAGAUGCAAGGUAAGGGAACACUUUCAAGAGAGUUUACUUGAGCUUUCCUUUUUUUUAAUCGAUGGAUGACUGGCACACUGCCAUUCAAGUUCUGCAUAUAUUUUGAGUAUACACUGACAUAGAACCGAAGGUAGCAGUUUGAAGAAAAUAUAUCUGCAGUGCACCCUUCUGAGACUGUUAAUGGAAAAUAUGCUCAAGGUCCCUGUUUAGACCAGUCCUCCCACAUUGCCUCCAUUUAUAAAAGUUUUAAACAGGCAAGUAUUUUGUAAUGUUAUUUAUUUCGUGCAAUUUAUUCACUGCUUGAUUGUAAAAGAGUGUGUGAGAGAAAAAACUAUCGAAGCGGUUUACAAGAGUGGCUUGGGCAAUCCACUGACAAGAUAAGUGGCAUAUAAAUGUCAAAAUUAUUAUUAUUACAUAUAUGUUCUAUUGUAAACUGUCCAUAUUUGAUGUUGGCUCAUGUAUCAGUGUGAACUACCCUGGAAUCAUUUGGCAAAGGGUAAAGGGACCGCUGACCAUUAGGUCCAGUCGCGGAAGACUCUGGGGUUGCGGCGCUCAUCUCGCUUUAUUGGCCGAGGGAGUCAUGUGUCCAGCAUGACUAAGCCACUUCUGGCGAACCAGAGCAGCGCACAGAAACACCGUUUACCUUCCCACCGUAGUGGUACCUAUUUAUCUACUUGCACUUUGACGUACUUUCGAACUGCUGACAACUAUGUAAUUGCUAUAACUUUUUUGUUAAUUCUGAUCCCUUCAAAAACCAAAUUGCAGGUAGCUACGGAGAACAAUGGCACUAUAAAACAAAUUUAUAGUAAUUUUACUAAAUGUUUUUUUCAAUCUGGGUUUUUGAAAACUGUAGCCCGGUUUUUAAAAUUUAAUUCUUCCCCUGUUCUGUUCUGAACGUUGAAUGGGGAAGGGGCUCCUUCACCUUUCACGGUUGUGUCGGAGAGAACUUUGGGCAGGCUUGGCUUGCCUUUCAAGACACAGAGACUGAAAUUCCCUCUUCUGUUAAGGUUGCAAACGCCCUCUCCUGUUUUGCAUCUGGAACACCCUAAUUAAAUGUCACAGCAAUAUCAAUAUCAAUGUUUAUCUCAUUUGGAGCGGUGAGAUAUAUUUCACUUAUUGCAGACUUGUUUCUUUCCAAUCCCUCAGACAGAUCUUUGAGCCGUGGUGCUUUCUGAAUGCACUUGGCUUGAGUUGCCUUGACUGGGGGCUUAUCCAAACUUCCUCUUCCCCGGUUGCUUUCCCCCUCGGGAAAACUGCUCUUUGGCGAGGUUUCCAUGGAUUGCUGUUUGUUCUGAUUUAGCACCAGAGAGUGGAUUUUCCAGGGGGAAGCAGCGGGGCAAAGGCAAAACCCCUCACACCCCUGCUUUCUAGGCCUGGGGCGAGUGGAAGCGUAGAGCCCUUAAGCAUGCUGGCAAUGUUUUAUACUGGGGAAAAUUAUCCCAGUCACACACCCUUUGCCCCCCACUUCUCCUCAGCAACUGCUUAUUGUUGAAACUCAGUUUUCUUAUUCACCACCACCACCCGCUUGACAUGUGGAGAAAACUUGUGGCUCCUGAUCCAGCUGAAGACCUCACAAAAAACGAGGGCAAGCAUAUCAUCCUACCUGGAUCAGGAGCCAAAAAGGUGGGGCUUUGAGGCAGUUUUUUGUUUGCCAUUAUAUUCAGCGAGAUAGCUAUCAAAGGUGCAAUCCAGCCAGAAUUAAGCAUUAUGAAAUUCCACCUUACUUCAUUUAUAUCCCUCUUUUUCUGUGCUGUGUGACUGAAGAUUCUGUACCUUGAGGAUUCCUGAGCACGCUCCUGUCUAGGACUGAUCACACCCGGAGCUACGUAGAGUCAGAAAGUCAGCAUCGUUUGCUGGAAGGCCACGAGACCAUUGAUUAAAAUGCAAAAUUUAAGGAUCCCAUACUUAAACCUCUCCCACUUAAAUCAAUGGUGCCUAACAGUGCUUCAUUAGGGCUGUAAUGUGUCCAAGUCCAUUCGUUCUCUCUCUCAAAUUUGCCUCACAGAGAUAAUAAAUUAGCAAAUAUCCAGAGAAAAUUAUAGAAAGCUCCCUAAGGAUCAGACAUGCCAUGUAUGAUCAGCCAGAAGUCCUGCUGAUAUAAAAAAUUGGUACUUGCUAGACUGGAUUGCUUUGAGAAGGAAAAAGUAAUUGAAAACUUUUUAUUUCUCUCAUUAAAAAGAGAGCAAGAUAACUGGUCAUAAGGACAAUUAAUUCUUUUUCACAGGCCAGGCUCCUUGCUUGGACAGCCUUCUAGAGUGAGCUGCAGGCUACAGACAGAUGCUCUUAUCUAUCAGCAGCUGAGGUUUCAGAAGUCAAUCUGAGGACAAAUAGCUUAGAAUCAUUGAACCACAGAAUGGUAGAGUUGGAAGGGACCCUGUGGGUCAUCUAGUCUAACCCCCUGCAAUGCAGGAAAUCUCAGCACACAGUCUCCCAUCCAAUGUGAAACCACACCAGACCCUGCUUAGCUUUGCAAAUGUGCCAGCAGUUUUGUUCCUUGCCUCUGGUCCUCCGACUAGAGGGGAAAGGCCUUAGGAUGGCAGGUUGGAAUCAAGAGUUGAGCCCAGCCUGAAGAGAAGGCAGCCUUGUCGCCUGCUGCUAUGUGCUGCAGGAACUCACCCCUGUGCUCUCAGCCAGCAUGCGUAUUAUUGAAGUACAUGCAGAGAGUCCCUUCACACACUGGCCAGGGAUGCAAACAAUGGGCAUAAGCCCCCUUGUAUGUUUAAAUAGAUAGAUUCCUGCUCAGUUUGCUUGUUCUCACUUUGUCACCAGUUAACAUUAAAAAGUCACAAUUGCUCUUAUUGCUCCUACAAGUUUUCCUUCUGUGGGCCUUCCUAACCUCAGGGGAGAAUGAUUUCCACCCCCUCCACCACCCCUUUUUGUAUUUAAGGUUAUUUUUUAAGGGAAAUGACUGCUGUGCACACAUUUUGUUGUUGUUGUUUAGUCGUUUAGUCAUGUCCGACUCUUCGUAACCCCAUGGACCAGAGCACGCUAGGCACUCCUGUCUUCCACUCCCUCCCGCAGUUUGGUCAAACUCAUGCUGGUAGCUUCGAGAACACUGUCCAACCAUCUCAUCCUCUGUCGUCCCCUUCUCCUUGUGCCCUCCAUCUUUCCCAACAUCAGGGUCUGUUCCAGGCAGCCUUCUCUUCUCAUGAGGUGGCCAAAGUAUUGGAGCCUCAGCUUCAGGAUCUGUCCUUCCAGUGAGCACUCAGGGCUGAUUUCCUUCAGAAUGAAUAGGUUUGAUCUUCUUGCAGUCCAUGGGACUCUCAAGAGUCUCCUCCAGCACCAUAAUUCAAAAGCAUCCAUUCUUCGGCGAUCAGCCUUCUUUAUGGUCCAGCUCUCACUUCCAUAUAUCACUUCGAAAGGGUGGUGGUGGUGGAGGAAUAAUCUGAGUUUAGGGCUGUAGUACACACAUCCCCCCCCCCUGCUUUUCCCUGCACCAAGUAACCCACCCAGUUCUACUUCUCCUGUUCCAUAUAUUCCAUUGCAGUGAUUUUUGAGUUGAAAGAGCAGGCUCGCCCAUAUGCUACACUUAAUGAACAUUGUGUGCAAAUCAGCUGGUGGUUUAUCAAAAAAGAAAAUGAAAAAGAGAGGGGAUUUAAAUCGGCCAGCCAUUCACUGUUCUCGGCACUCAGAAAGGUAUUUUUUGUCUCCUUUCCCACUUCCUGAGCUCCAGCAGCGGCUAACAAGCAGCUGAUAUAAAUCCCCUCUUUUCCUUUUCCUUUAAAGCACCCAUUAACUAAUUUGCGCACGCUAGUCAUUCCUCCUCUCCAUUUAUUUCCCACUGCUGGAAAUUUACCCGAUCGCUUACUAAAGGGAAACGGUGAGGAGGUGGAGAAAGAGGAGUUGCCGAAAGAGAAUGGGGCGAAAGCUGAGCGAGGGGCCAACCGCCUCCUGUCUGGGAUGUGGCACUGGCACAUGAUCUCUGGCUGUUUUGGGCCUUCCAUGGAUCCAAAAGCCCUGCAAGGUGGAGAAGUCUGGGACAGCACUGAGAAGCAUAGUGCGAAAGGACUACACCCAGCACCCCUAUGUUGCUCAGAGUACCAGCUAGCAUUUACCAGGAAGUGCCAGGGCAGGCAUCAACGAUGGGCUUUGGGACUUAGGGGCACUGGCAGUGCCCAGGGAUGUCAGCUGCUGACAGCAGAUGGUAUGUGCCCAAGUAGAUAGAAAAUGGAAAGCCCCUGACUGUCCCGUUGCAGAUACCUGUUGCCACAAGGCAGACCAAGGCAGUGUUAGUAUUUCACUCCUCCCAUUGCAAGGAUCAUCUGAUCCUCUUGUUUACUUUCUGUUCCGUGAGAAAGGAAGCCUGUCUGUGUGACUUCCAUCUCUGGUACUAUUGUACUUUUUCUUUCUGCUCUGUCUUGCGACGAGACAGGAUGUCUGUAUGAGGGCUGCUCCUUUCAGACGUGCUUAUUAUGUUCUUUAAUCUGUUAUUAGUAGAAAUAUUUCUACUAAUUACAGAUUAAAGAACUUAAUAAACAUUAUGAGGAGGUGAGGAGGUAUCUGGGCUGCUUUACUGUUAAGUGGUGGGUGAACAUAUCAGACGACACAGCGAUUCUUCAAACAGCUCUUCUUUAUUCAGAGGCAAGAACAGAACUGAACUGAAGGGCUCAGUCAGCCUGCUUAUAUAGAGCUCCAGUACCUCGUUACUGUAACAACUUUCUAAAACUAUCCAAUCACUGAACGUCACUUUCGAUCCUUCAUUUGCAUACAAACUAUCCAAUCACUGAAUGUCACUUUCGAUCCUUCAUUUGCAUAACUAUCUACAGUAUCCCCCUGCUGGCCCAGGGUGAGAACUUCAGUACAUAACAUUUACUAUGCUAAGACCGGGUGCUCACAAGAGAGCAGCUGUGAGUCCCAGAACACCAGGACCCCUUCCCAAGAACGCUGCGUAGCUGUUCCAGUUGCCAGAGAGGCCGUGGGGCCUGCAGGAGUGUUCCAUUAAGCAGUUGCCUCAGGUGGCAGAAUCCAAGGGUGCUUCUGCGGUCUUGCCCCUACCCCACUGCUCCCACUGGGAUCUCCCAAUCUGUGUGCCCGCGAAGGCUGUUGUGAGGUUGCACCAGAACCCAGAAGGUGCAGCUGUUUGUCCCCAGCAGGAGCGCCAGGGUUCUGUCCAAUAUUGUGGGUGCUCAUUGAGUGUGUGUGAUGGCUGCAGCUCCGGUGGCUGACAUCUGGGCAGCUGGGUGGGGGCUGAUGGGCAGCCAGCCUGGUGCACGUCACUUACUCCCCCCUCCCCAAAUCCUCCAGAUGUGUGCCCAGGCACCAGCUUCCUGGAACAGGAACACCCCUCCGAUGUAGGGGUCUUGGGCGGCCUGUCCACCCGCCGGGCACCCACAGUGGAAAUUUUGCCUAUGUUCUCCAAUAAGUAAAACUUGGUUGGGGGUGGCAAGUGGGGGUGAGCACUGUGCACACUGUCUGACCAGGGCAGCACCUUCCCGCUUCACCUCCAGCAUUGGAUCAUGCCCCGUUAAAUGUUUUCUUGCAGAGUAUCAAUGCAUCCUGGGGAAGGAAAUUAUAAGAAUACAAGAAUACAUUAUGAGCAAGAGUAUUCCUUUAACAGUAAUAAUAGUUCUCCUCGCUAUUACAGUGCCCCAAAGGUACCUCUGGAGACAGAACUAUGCUAGAAAAGCUUAACCUUAUACAAAAUUAUUAAUCAGACAACUCACCCCUAAUGAGCAAUUACUAGCUAGUGGAUGUGAUGUGUCCUCAAUUUCUUCUUCAUUAUGUGAAGAAAGCGUUGCAUUUCCUUGCUGAAACAACCUCUCUCUGGUUUCUCUUCAGAUCAUAUGAAUCUUUCGCCUCUUUCACCUGUUGAGGUUUAAACUAAAUGCUGUUUGCUUAAAAAGAAAUGUUUCAGGCUUUUAAAUUGCUCUGAAAUGUUCGGCUACCACAAGUCAGCGGGCACAAAAUUCAGUCAGUGCAGGUGGGUUGCAGGCCUGCUAUAUUUGCUCUCUCUCCUUCUGUGAAAGAGAAGGGCAUGAUCACACAGAAGUUGUUCUCCUAGGGUGAUGGACUAUAUGGAAUUGGCAGAAAUGACUGGCAGAAUCCGAGACCAGGGGGAAGAGUCGGUGGAAGAAGAUUGGAAGAAAUUUAAAGACUAUUUACAGAAAUAUUGUAAAAUUAAGGAAUGAUAGAAUGAUGUUGGAUAGUAAUUAAGCGGUUUCUAGCUGUAAUGCUUUAAGAGAAUAUGAAAAAAAAGGGUUAUAAAUGGGUUAAAAUCUAAUGGAAAGGAUUUGCUGAACCAAUAAAUCAAAGUGGAAUACAAAAAAGGGAGGUAUGAGGAGGUCCGGGAAACAAGCUAAAGGAAAAUAAGUAACUGAAAAUAUGUGUGUUUUUAACUGUUUUUAUUUUGUAUUUUUCUUUUUUCUUUUUCAUUUCUAUUGUAAUAUUUUUUAAAAAAACCUUAAUAAAUAUCUUAUAAAAAAAACAGAAGUUGUUCUCCUAGGGCACAGCUGGUAUACGUAAGAGAAACUACAGUGGUACCUUGGUUCUCAAACUUAAUGUGUUCUGGAAGUCCGUUCCAAAACCAAGGCGUGCUUUCCCAUAGAAAGUAAUGAAAAUUGGAUUAAUCUGUUCCAGACUUUUAAAAACAACCCCAAAAACAGCAAUUUCACAUGAAUUUUACUAUCUAAUGAGACCAUUGAUCCAUGAAAUGAAAGCAGUAAACAAUGCACUGCAGUCACACAAUCAAUCAAUCAAUCAAUCAAUCAGUAGCUGAACUGGGUUUCACACAGUCACAAAAACAAAAGCGCAAAAUAAAUAGCAAAAACAGACAGACCUCAGCGUAACACUCAAAACGGAAGUGUGGCACUCAAAUCAGAAGUGUAACACUCAAAACGGAAAUGUAACACUCAAAACGGGAGCACGUUUGGCUUCUGAAGAAAGUUCACAAACCGGAACACCAAGGUACCACUGUAUAUUGCUCUAGUAUUUAUAUGUCUGGAUUCAUAAUCCAUUAGCUUCCAGACCCAGUUCGAAGUCCUGGCUCUUAGCUUUAAAGCCCUAACCAGCCAACAUCUUCCAUAUCUCAAAAAGCUUAUUCUCCAUUUAUUUGUGGUUAGUCUUUAGAGAAGGUCGUCAGGGCCUUCUCUGCUGUGGCACCUAUCCUUUGGAGCACCCACCUCCAGAUCAUUAAAUUUGCUCCUUCCUUGGGCAGUUUCAACCACAGGUGAAAACUUUAAUUUGCUAAGGCGAUUGCCAGAGCUUGGCAAGAAAGCAGGUUUCAGUCUUUUGCCUCUGUAUUUGAUUUUACAGGGCUGGUUCUAGUAUGCCAUUAUUGGACCUUAAUGUGUGGAGCUGGCUGCCAUUUGUAGCCUGCAGCUGUAAGCGCUUUCUAGCCUCGUGAUCUCCAUUUGCAAACACUGGAGGUGGGUGCAGGUUACAAUGUGAGUAAGAAUGUGCUGAAAGAGGCUUGCCCAUCUUGGAUUGGGGCUAUUUUAAUGAUUCAGUAAGCAAAGAGGCUCACCUUUCUGAGCACAUGCACUCUCAAACACCCACACCAUCCUUAAAAAAAGCCCAGUUCUAUUUGUUCAGCCUUUUGCUACAGGUGUCGGAUUGGGUUAAAACAAAAGUUCUGUUUUCAGCUGCAAAAUGCCUCUUUUCUGCUCCACUAAGCACUUGGAGAAUGCCAGCAUUUCAAUGGGAAACCGAUCCAGUGAGAUCCCUGGGCCAGCCAACUGCUCCUCUGUAUAUGACAGUCAAGUUUGCCACAAUGGCUGGAAGUCACCCAGGGGUUUUGCAGCAAAUGAUUUUAAAAGAGAACUUUCUUUUAGCAUUUUUCACAUUUUUCACAGAAAUGAAUUUUUGAGUCGGGGAUUCGUUUCCGUCAAUAUGAGACCCUGUUGUGUGCUCUGCGCUCCUGUGCUAUGUUGGAAAUCUGGAAUGGGGAGCCUGUAGCUGUUAAGUUGUGGGUGAACAUAUCAGACGACACAGCGAUUCUUCAAACAGCUCUUGUUUAUUCAGAGGCCAGAACUGAACUGAACUGAAGGGUUCAGCCAGCCUGCUUAUAUAGAGUUCCACUAGAACGCAACAGUAACCAUUUUCUGUAACUAUCCAAUCACUGAACGUCACUUUCAAUCCCUUAUUUGCAUAUGUGGACCUGAGUGAAAACUAUCUACAGUAUCCCCCUGCUGGCCCAGGGUGAGAACUUCAGUACAUAACAGUAGCCAUUCAGAUAUUGGACUCCACCUCCCAUCUUCCCCAAACAGCGUGUCCAGUGGCUGGGGAUUGUGGGAAUUGUAGUCUGAUAACAUCUAGGGUUACAGGCUCUCCAUUUCUGUCCUGGGGCGGAUCUUCAAAGCAGUCUCGUAGCUGAGAAAUGGGGGUGUUUCUUUUUGCUAGGGUACUGCUUUGAAGACAUGAUCCCAGGAAAAAUUAAAUUGGAAGUAAAAGCUUGCUUUUGGACGAGAUCCCUUGCAGGGAGCAGGCCUCAGUUUAUUUGAGGACAUCUUUGUGAAGGACGGGCCAGCCCGGAAAUCUUUUCCAGCUUGGGUUUUGCUCUACAAGCUUGUGAUGUUUGCAUCUGCUUCUUGGUUGCCAGACUCCUGAACCUUGCUUCUAGGCCUGCUGCCUUCUUUGCUAGGACUUCAGGACAAGGCAAAUACCUCUUUAUUUUAAAGGCUUGACAACCUUUGAAAUUAUUCUGCCAACCUUCGAAAUUAUUUUAAGCUGCUCUUUUCUUUGUCCUUUUUUGUAUUACAAAACAAAGAAACAAACGAUUUAAUGAGUUGUCCUGGGAAUGUUGACCGGUCACUGAAAGGCAGGACAUAAAUGUUUGAAAUAUAAAAAUAAAAAACCCAACACAAUGAAUUGAAUGUGGCAUUUAGGCUCAGAAGACUAUGAUUAAGCCUAGUUCGCACGAAAAAGAUGGUGUGAGCAGCAUGUUACUGGGCUUUAUUGCUUUAUAAUUCAAGUGGUUCAUUUAUGUUCCCCCACUUCUACCCUGAAGUAGCAUAGUCAGAGUGGGGGGCCAUUUACAUCACCAUUUUGCUGUUUCCAAGAACUGGGCCUCAUCUUCAUAAUCUUUAAUUCUUGAAUGGGUUGCCUUGAAUUGUAAUGAGAGUGGCAAUUUCCACCCUGUGUGAUACUCAUUUGUUACUGCUCCCCAAAAUCUGCAUUUGUUUGUUAACAGUGAAGAAUCUUAAAGCCAAUUUUUAAAAAAGCCUGAAAUGCUUAUUCUGUGCACCCUCCAUAAUUAAUAGAGCCUUACACAACUAUGGAAAGAAUAUACUGUUUGGCCACUUGUUCCUGCUCUCUUGAUUGAUGUAGAAAUGUUCUUGAUUUCGCAGGUGCUGGGAACUCAGUGCUGGAGACAUAAAAUGGAUUUACCAAGCUCCAGUUUUAGUAGCGAUUGGGGUAGGAUUAUUCAUAUGUAUUUAUUUUUAGUGAACAUUGAAAAUAGCCUCUGUCUAUCCAUAAUUGAUGGCAGUAGUUCAGGGGUGAUGUAAACAACCAGUACAAAGAAGAGAUAGGGAGCCAAGCAAUUUCUGCAUCUUCCUAUCAUUCUUACUGACUAUGAGGGUUCAGUGGGGGUGGGGGGGAUGACAUCCCACCAUCCCAGGGUCCUGAUGAGGGAAGACUCAUUGAAAUCCUUACUCUUCUCCCUUUUUGGUGUUGUUUCUUAAAGGGAACUUGAGAAAGGUUUCUUUAAGUCCUUGCUCUAGAAGUUACACAGGUGGUGGUGGAGCAAACAGGAAGAGAUUUCUCCUGGUUCACUGCACCGCCAUGGCCAGCAAAAGCUUCAUCUGCUGAUCUCUGCCCUGCUAUGGUCCUGCAAUACUAGCAAGGGCAAGGUGUCCUUGUUAUGGAAACAGGCUGGGCCAGCUUGAAUGGCCGCUUGCUUGAGGCUCGCUGUGGUCUGUUUUGGCAGGACUGAGCUGCAGGUGUGUUAAUAUCUGGUUGCAGGAUAUUUGUAGCUUGGAUUAUGUUGGCCCUGACCUGCCAUUUGCUUUUAGGCUACAAUCUGGACUUGCAUCCUGGACAUAGCUGUCAACCAUCCCUUAUUUGGCGGGAAACUCCCUUAUUCCAGCGCCGUUUCCCACUGCUGUCCCUUAUUGAUGAUGUCCCUUAAAUUUCCCGGGUUUCAAAGGAAGCAGCUCCUCUCCCUCCCUCCCUGCCGGCCAGGGAGGAGGCAGGCUCCAGCUGUGUUGCUUGGCUGCGUUGCUCACCCGAUAAGGAGUCUAAGGAAUGACUGUGGGGUGGAGCUUGCAUGCCUUGUGCCGAUCAAAUCGGCCACAUUGCCUGGGGACUCGCCUUUGCUCAGCGCUUCCCAGCGCAGAGGUGACGGUGGUUUUCCUUGCUGCAUCCCCUUUGCGGGGUUGCUGCGCUGUGGGAACCACCGCUUGAGGCUUCGUUUGGCUGCUGGCUGGGCUUUCUGCCUUUGGCUUGGAGGGGCUCAGAAGUUGAACAUACCUGUGCUUGGAAUUGGAUGGAUACGUCAUUGACGGCCCACUCACCCUUGCUGGGGAAAAGGUCUGUCUGGAGUGGGGGCACAUAGUGGAGGAAAAGGAAAGGAGCUGGUUGAAUACAAUGGCGGACGGUGAUCUCGUGGGAGGGGGGCUUUUGGAUUUGUUUUGGAGGCUCCUUUGAUUGACUGUUAUGGGGGAAAGGAAAGGAGAUGUUUGACUAAAAUCCCUUAUUUUGGCUGCUGAUCCCUUAUUUUCGAGGCUGCUGGUCCCUUAUUUUCAAAUCUGUAAGUUGACAGCUAUGAUCCUGGACUAUUAACGGAUGCCACCCAGGGAGCGUCCCUAACUGCAUCUGUUGGAAAGGCGUAUUCUCACUCAGUGCUUUAUUGAGUUUCUGUGCUGCUCAUUCCAGUUUUCCACUUCACACGUUAGCCCAUGGGCAUGAUGCCAAGUCAAGGGAAGCAGGGUGGACUGGGAAGAAACUGGGGAAGGUUAAGUGCAGUAAUGUCGGGAACUGGGCAGUUUGGAGCCUGGGCUUGUCAGCCUGGAUUGGCUUAAUGAUGUAAUCAUCUCAACACAAAUGGAAACGAAUGGAGAAUCACGUCCUGGUCCUAAAUUCCAGAUGCCCUCAAAACCUUCCAGUUAUCAGAGGCAGAUUUAGGGCAGCACAGUCAGUUCCUCAAACUGGGCGCCAAGCUGCUGGGGGGGGGGCGGCGCUGCAGGGCGUCACAACUAUGACUUAGUGCAGGUGUAAAAUAGAAGGCAUGGGGGGGGUGGAUUCUGACCUUGCACAGGGCACCACUGAAACUUGAAAGACCAAAGUCUGCCUCCGCUGUUAUAGAGGCAAGCAGUUGAUAUUUCUAAAGGGAUAGUGGGAAUAAUAACACACACCUGUAAACUGCUUUACAGCUAAAUUUUAUUCUGUUCCUCAAUACUGUACGGGCUCUGGCGACAAAAAUUUGGGAGACCAAUGCUGUUGGCUACGACGUAAGGAAGCAAUAUAGGUAAGCCUCUACUAAAUUAAGUUGUGUCUUUGUUUUCCAGUUGCCCUCAGAGAGCUGAGGAACUGUCAGAAUGCAAUACUACUUCUGAAUACGUCAAGGGCUAUAACUUAUUUCUUAUGCUGAAAACAUCCCCAGAGAAAAUACUAGUUUUGCGAACUCCCCAUAUGAAUAAUUCACUUCUUCAAUGUAUAUAUUAAUGUAACUUAUUUGCUAAUUAAUUUCAUCGUUCCCAGAGGCAUCCAGCUCCAAGAAUGGCUCUCAAGCAUCACUUAUCAUAAUUUUAAAUCAGAUGCAUAUAUGAAGAUUUUCAAGUAUGAAUUAGGAAUAUAAUCAAUAUUUGUCAGCUGUUUACUUCUGAUGUGAGGCAGAUUUCAAGAAGGCUGAAAAAUGAGAGCUGUUUAAAAAUUGGCUAGAAGCAUUUUAAAAAUAGAAUACUUCUCCACUCAUCUUAAGCAGAGAAGCAGAAAGAAAAGCAGAAGGAGACAGGGAGAAAUCAGCUUUGUUUCUGCAACACAAAAGAGAGAUGUAUGUGCAUAUGUAUGUGUGUAUAUAUAUAUAUAUAUAUAUAUAUAUAUAUAUAUAUAUAUAUCAGUGCAAUUUUUCUAGAAAGAGGUGCAGGAACUCAGCACGAACAUCUCCCUUGUUUUCUUAUAAAGGCAAUGGCACCCACCUGAGAGGUGCUGGAACUGAGUUCUGGUGAAAAAAAGCCUUGCUCUUUGUGGGACGUGCUCUCUCAAGAACCAGUGAGUCAGUGAGUUUCUCUCAGCCUUCCCUGUGCACAGGCAGCAGGAAGGAAAGAUGAUCGCUGUAGAUCAUCAGGGCUUUGAGCUUCCAAGUGGGAUAGUGGGAGCCAUUGUUGCUGAUAGGAUCUACAGGCGCCCAGUACUUAUGUGAGAAAGUGAGGUAGGCCUCUGAUCUCCAGAGCAGAUAGAAGAAUUGGUUCUAGGGACAGGGAACGUCUAAGGGGCUCUUGUCGGUUGUGCGUAAUGAAUUCUCAUGCCUGAGACAUUGUCCCGUCUGGCUGUAAAUACAAGCCAGACAGUCAGAAACAAAAGGAACGAAAAAGAAGCCCAAGGGCACCAAGAAAUCCUCCAGUUUUCACAGGCGAUGAAAUUACAGGGGACUGGAGUAUGCUAUGGUCCUUGGGCAACUCCUACUGAAUAAGAUUGCAUGUCUGCAAUUCUGUUGAGAGUUAGGCUGAUUAUAUCCUAUUGGGCUCAAUGAGAUUUAGGCAGCCUCAGGGAUUGUAGGCUAUGACACUUUUCUGUGCAGCAUCUAGCACUUUGUUGGAAUGACUGAUGGUGAUAACGGCAACAACUUCUCUUCACUCUUCUAGAAAACUAGCCAAAUCCACCUUGAUCCUGGUCCUUGUCUUUGGUGUGCAUUACUUUGUCUUCGUAUGCCUGCCUCACACGUUCACUGGGCUAGGCUGGGAGAUCCGGAUGCACUGCGAACUCUUCUUCAACUCAUUUCAGGUGUGCUGAUGUUGGUGCUUAUAAGCUGUAACUGUUCACUUAUGCUAACUGGAGAGGAGGUUGUUGCUGGGAGGCAGUAGAUCCUUCACAGGCAGCUGAAUGUGGCGAGAAGGUAUUUGUCCAAGACUUUGGAAUAUGCAAGGAGACCUCGUGUACCUCCGAGGGCUGGAGAACUGGAACCAUUUUGGGAGAGUGCCAAACUUAAUUGCGAUGCUUGUGCUUCUUUAAACCUAAAUAGCAUCCGCAGGAGGGGCUGAACAAGACUGGGACUGUGGGGAGGGAGCAUCACCUCUCUUUCUUGCUGUGGUCCUGGUAAAAAUUGUACUUCCCCCCCCAAAUCUGCUAUUUGCAUUUGGAAAUAGCUAUUUCCCUUCUGAUGCAAAUAGCAGCUUGCAGAAAGAUUUCUGCCAAGACGGUGUUGGCCUUUCCCACUCCCACAGUUCCACACCUUCCUAAGGCCUCCUUGCCUGCAGCUGCUAUUUACGUCUGCAUCUUUACCUUUAAAGAAAGAUGCAUUUUAAUUGCAUCCAUGCAAUUAAUCUUGUGCCUAGGUUAACUUUAAGAGUUUGCAUUUGCUGUGCUCUCCCCCCCCACCCCUUGCAGGGUGAGCUCAGCAUCUUUUACUAUGCAGAAGGCAGAUGUAAAUACCAACGAUUCCAGUGCUGAUUUAGUGACUGGUCUCUCUUUCUCUCUCCAUGCCUGCCCCAUCAUCAGCCCUUCCCAGUUUAGGCUGGCUUGGUGGCUUCCUUCAGAAAUGUUUUAAAGUUUCCCAUAAAACGCUCAUUUGCCACCAUUUUAAAACAAGAAGUGCUACCGAUUGUUUUGGGGUUUUUUAAUUGGUAUUUAAUUGAUUUUUCCCAAUUAUAAAGCAAUAAAGCGAUUUAAAAAAAGAAAAAGUGCUCCCCAUUGUAAUAAUGUUGUGCAAAACUGCUGCAGGAACUGAAGGAAGAUUCAGGCACCAGCCAAUCAGUGCUGUGCAGAGCAGGCUUCUGCUGCAAACUCAUGCAACCAGUUUUCACUGAUUUUUUGGGGGGUGGGGGGGUGGUGUCUAGCUCCAGAGGUUGCUGGGCUUCAACUCCUGUCACCCUCACCCAUUGGCCAUGUUGGCUGGGGCAGAUUCAAACUGGAGUCCAACUACCUCUGAAAAGCCACUGGGUCAGCACUCGUGCUGUAAAUUCACCUUGAAAUUUUUAACAGAUGCAGAAGAGAAGGACAAAAUGAAUAUGAAUCCAAACAUUGCAUCUUCUUUCUUCCUUCUCUUUGGCUCUCUGCUAAAGUGACACAUGUUUAAAGCUAUUAUAUAAGCCCCGUGUUUGUUUCCUGUGAGUCUGGUUUUGUUUUUUUGUAAAGUGCUGAAAGAGCCAGCCUUUGAUCAUCCAAACUCACCUGCAACUGUAUAUGUUCAUUUGCAGCAAAGAUGCGCAGUCCUUCAAAGUAGGUGCUGCAAAACUCUUCCGUUGUUUUCUUUGUGGAUUGCCACAGGAAGGCCCUGUGAAGAUCUACCCCUCUGAUUCUGUUUGUCUCUUAUAAAACCUGCUUCCUUUUCCCAUCAGUCUGGGAUUCUUUUGGUUUCUGGUGUUGGAGUGGCAACACCAUGGAAAUAGAGUAAGAUCAAUGCAUUGCUUAAGUUUUUGUUUAUUUAAGGCUCUUGCAUACCUCUUUUCAUGCGGCACACACAUCACAAUACAUUUGAUGUGCAUGGCAUGACUCAAAGAAUCCUGGGGACUAUAGUAUGCUAAGGGUGUUGGGAAUUGCUCCCCCAACCUCCCCACCCCCCAGCCCCCAGCCCAUUUCUGUAGGCACAGAGGGAGGAGAGGUGGGAAAGCAGAAGUCCUUGACUAGGGCUUCCGCUGAUGGGAUAAUAAUAAUAAUAAUAAUAAUAAUAAUAAUAAUAAUAAUUUAUUAUUUAUACCCCGCCCAUCUGGCUGGGUUUCCCCAGCCACUCUGGGUGGCUUCCAAUAAAACACUAAAAUACAAUAACCUAUUAAACAUUAAAAGCUUCCCUAAACACGGCUGCCUUCAGAUGUCUUCUAAAAGUUUGGUAGUUACUUUUCUCUUUGACAUCUGAUGGGAGGGUGUUCCACAGGGCGGGUGCCACUACCGAGAAGGCCCUCUGCCUCGUUUCCUGUAACUUGGCUUCUUGCAGCGAGGGAACCGCCAGAAGGCCCUCGGCGCUGGACCUCAGUGUCCAGGCAGAACGAUGGAGGUGGAGACGCUCCUUCAGGUAUACUGGUCCGAGGCCGUUUAGGGCUUUAAAGGUCAUCACCAACACUUUGAAUUGUGCUCGGAAACAUACUGGGAGCCAGUGUAGUUCUUUUAAGACCAGUGUUAUAUGGUCUCAGCGGCCACUCCCAGUCACCAGUCUAACUGCCGAAUUCUGGAUUAAUUGCAGUUUCCGGGUCACCUUCAAAGGUAGCCCCACACAGAGCACAUUGCAGUAGUCCAAGUGAGAAAUAACUAGAGCAUGCACCACUCUGGCGAGACACUCUGCGGGCAGGGAGGGUCUCAGCCUGCGUACCAGAUGGAGCUGAUAAACAGCUGCCCUGCAGUUGACUCCUGCCCCAUGCGUUUUAAAUGCAAACCUCAGCCUCAGGUGAAACUCACAAAGCAGAUCACUUGAGAUGAUUACAACAAUAAGCAUCAAGUUUUUUUAAAGUUACAAUAUAAUAGAAGAGAUGACUUGUUUGUAUUUCCUGUGUUGCUGUAUAGUUCUUGAAUCAAUAGCAGAAAUCUACAAAUUGCGUUGGCAAUUUGAAAUUUCUCCCCCAGUCUCUUUCGAUAAAUAGAAUUGAAUGCGGCAGAAAGAUCAAUGGAAGCUGCAUAAAGUUUCGUCUUCUUUGUGUAUUUCCUUACAAUAUGGUUCAGAGUAAAACAUUGAUCAGUCCUUUGAACCCCGCUUGUUCUACAUGAAUAACGAUGCCAUUUUGCAUCCAGUCAGUUAAUUGUUGAAGGAAAUACUGUGCAUAUAGUUUGGAGGAGAAGUCUAACCAGCUAAUUGGCCAAUAGUUUUGUGGCUCCUUCCUAUUCCCUUUCUUACAAAUCACUAAAAUGACUUUCAUUGUCCACCCAGAGGGCGUUUAGCCUGGGCUGUUUAUGCUGGUAAAUAAGUCAGCCAGGAUAGGUCUCCACCAUUAAAUGUAAUCCUUGUAGAGCUCAGAGGGAAGCAAAUAUUAUCCAGGAGUUUUCUUCGAUUUCAGGCAGGAAAUAAGGGCCUUUGUCUCAUACAGGAGUUUAGUUGUGUUUUAGGAAUGUUUGAAAAAUCAUUACACACUACUGGCAUUACACACAGACUGACCACCACGUAUAUUGGAGAAAUAUUUAACCCAAACAGAGGCAGGAAUUGAGACUUCCUGUGAUGAUCUCACUUCAUUUAAACCCUGGGCCACCAGUUCCCAAAAUUUGUCUUCUCUCCAACUUGUUUGUUUAGAAAAUGCUAUUAUCACAAAUGUGUUAAUGACAACAGGGUUUGUGGGUUGUUGUGGGUUUUUUUGUAACCCAUCGGAUUUAGGCCUCUCGUUUGUUGUGAAUCGCUCUUACAUGGCUGGGGCAACAUUUAAAUCACCCAUCCACAUGUGGACUGGGGCUGAUUUGCACAGACCUGCCAAUUGCCCCAUUUUUAGUGAGACAUCCCAGAUCAUGGAAGCCAUUCCCAUCUUCUGGUUUGAUCCUGGAAUGUCUCGUCUUUUGCUUUUGUUUUUUAAUACUUUAUUUUUGUUUUUUUAUAACAAUGUUCAUACAGUGGUACCUCAGGUUACAUACGCUUCAGGUUACAGACGCUUCAAGUUACAGACUCCGCUAACCCAGAAAUAGUGCUUCAGGUUAAGAACUUUGCUUCAGGAUGAGAACAGAAAUCGUGCUCCGGCGGUGUGGCAGCAGCAGGAGGCCCCAUUAGCUAAAGUGGUACCUCAGGUUAAGAACAGUUUCAGGUUAAAUACGGACCUCCGGAACGAAUUAAGUACUUAACCCGAGGUACCACUGUAUACAUUUAAAUCAUUUUCAAUUUGUACACAUCUGAGAUUACUUAAAUCCCUGGACUCCCCCCCCCCCAUGGUUUCCAAUUUUUUCUAUUCGUUCUAUUGCAUCUAAUUACAUUUUUCAAUUUCAUGUUUAUCCUUUUUUAACUUAAGUCAUAUUACAUUGUAAGUGGUAUUACAAUUCUGCUAGCAUUUUUAGAUAUCUACAGUGGUCUUUAAGAUACUCUAUUAAAAAAUUUCCAUUCUUGACUAUUUUUUUAUCAUCUUGGUGUCUGCUCUUCAGAGUUAUCUUCGCCAUUCAUCAUAGUCCAUCAUCUUGGUUAUCAAAUUCUUCUUUGGCUGGGACUUUCUCGUUUUUUGGUUCAGUGCUCUGGUGCGAGUGCGAGAUUUUGUUUCAAAGAACUGGUGAUGUAUUCUUGCACCCUGGUAGGGUGCUGAUUCCAUGGGAAAGGCUCUGGCUCUGUUGUUGAGUCCUUCAAGUAUUCUCCUGGGUGCAAGAGCCAGUCAUGGAGAAACGUCUCCUGUGCCAGGCCAUCGGGGGCAUCAGCUAACAGGGCAUCUGAGUAUCUUCCUUGCUUAUGGUGUCAAUUGGCUUAGGGCCAGCAGACAUACAGGAGCUGCCGUUUGGCUCAAAGGAUGCGCAUGCAUAUAUAUAUAUAUAUAUAUAUAUAUAUAUAUAUAUAGUACUUAUUACUGAAAUAUUAAAAUAUUGCAUCUCACUUUUUAGCCCCUCAUUCACAAAUUUCAGUUCAGCUGCAUCCAUGUGUAAUUCUUGCUUCAAAGUGGAGAUGGUGAAAUGACUGAUAUUCUUUAAUUGUUCUUUAUUCUCCUGCAGGGUUUCUUUGUCUCCAUCCUCUACUGCUACUGUAAUGGAGAGGUAAGUCACUAGAUGAAUUGGGACAGGUGGCCUUCCUAGCUGUGAAAUGGGGUGGCCAGUCAGCAGGUGUAUUUGGGACAGUGAAUGAGAUUUUAAGAAGUUGCUACCUGUUCCAAGCCACACACACAAACACACAUUUUUAAUAAGGCAGAUGUUUAGGUAUAAAGAAACACAUAAUUAUAUAUGUGUGAUUGAAAUGACCUGUAAAGCAUGAGAGGAAGACUGUGCAUGUUGCUUUGGAUCCCAGGUUCUAUUUAUAAUUUCGAUUUCUCUUCUUACAAAAUGCUUCCAAUGAGAUUGCAUUGGUUUUACUUCUAGAGUAUGGCACCCUUGGGUUCUGUCUAAGAAAGUGCAGUUUGUUAAAAACCAGUAAGGACUCUCUCCCCUGGCCAGCCAUAUGCCAACACAAGGUGGAGGCAGGAGAGAAAGCUUGUUUCCAUUAGAAAUGAGUGAUAGGACCUCAUUUGUAAUUUACCAGCCACUCCUGUUGCACCUCAUUAGUUGGUUUAAUUAACUUACUGCCCUCUGGGCAUUAUUCUUCAGGUUUGCUAAGGGUGGGAAAGAAGGAGAGACAGAGAGAUUUGAGUAAUGACCAUGACAUAUAAACACUUGAAUAACUUUUUCUCUCUUAAAUAGUUCUCACAAAGCGCAACGCAAUAAUUAAAUUUCAUGUUUUUAGGUCGUUGUUUUGUGCAGUGACUGGAACUAAUAUUUCAUGUAGAUUCCAGAUAAGAUCUCUCUAUUUUUAAAAAGGUUUCUAGACCUCAUGGUGUUAGAAAUAAGAGCUAAAUAAAUAAAUUACCAGCUCUUGUUGCUUCAGCAGAGCUUCUGUGUCUGGUGUGGCUCUCUGUCCUUCUGUUGCAUAGUUUUUUUAAUAUACUGUAUAUACCUCCAAAACAUAUAUAAUUGUGCUCUCCUACCUACUCACUCAGGUGGCGCUGUGGGUUAAACCACAGAGCCUAGGGCUUGCCAAUCAGAAGGUCGGCGGUUCGAAUCCCCGUGACGGGGUGAGCUCCCGUUGCUCAGUACCUGCUCCUGCCAACCUAGCAGUUCGAAAGCACAUCAAAGUGCAAGUAGAUAAAUAGGUACUGCUCCGGCGGGAAGGUAAACGGUGUUUCCGUGUGCUGCUCUGGUUUGCCAGAAGCGGCUUAGUCAUGCUGGCCACAUGACCCGGAAGCUGUACGCCGGCUCCCUCGGCCAAUAAAGCGAGAUGAGCGCUGCAACCCCAGAGUCAGUCAUGACUGGACCUAAUGGUCAGGGGUCCCUUUACCUUUACCUUGCCCACUCACCACAGCUUCCACUUGCCCCUUAAUGCUUCUGCUGAAGAGAAGGCAUGGCUCCUAGUUUAAUUUGGCAGUCCAAGCAAAUAUUAAUUGAAUGAAUGUUUCAUUUUAUUAUUACUAACACAACUGGACGUAGUUGCAGUUGUUCUGGUGAGGAACAGGGGGAGCUGUAUGUUUGUUCCUAUAUUCAAAAUUAUAUUUUAAAGAAGAUGACGACAUUGGCCUAACACUCUUCCUUUGCGUUUUGAUCCGGCCAUUUUCUUCCCCUCCAGGUGCAGGCUGAGAUCAAGAAGACCUGGGCUAGGUGGAACCUGGCUGUGGACUGGGAGAGGGCGGCUCCUUGUGGGAGCUAUCGCUACGGCUCUGUCCACACGAACAUGACGCACAGCACCAGCAGCCAGUCUCAGAUGGCGGCCAGUUCCCGCAUGGUAGUGAUUUCCACCAGGGCUGGCAAGAAUGUCACCCGGCAGAACGACACCCAGAUAACUUUGCCCGGGUAUGUUAGGAGCAACUCUGAACAGGACUGUGUGCGCUGGUGGACUCAUGAAGAGGCUGAAAAAGAAGAAGAGGAGGAGGAGAAAAAGCUGGAUGCUAUUUCUCUCAAGGAGCCCUUUACACUACAGGGCCAUUGCGCAGGCUCCCUUAACGAGGAGGUGACGGAGAGCAGGGCUGAAGUAGAGGCAGCACUUUAG